UUCCACAGAAGCCGAAAGGAACGCAGAUGUGGAUUAUCAGCUUCAGAAAGGACAACCAGGCUUUCGCCGCAGUUUACGCCUACACUCGAGGUGCAAGAGCACCACUAUAUGAAGCAAUCCUACAGCGUGUUCUACAAUUAGCUCCGGAUUUGAAGAACGUUGAGCUGAUUGUCUCAGAUUUUGAAAGAGCACCACGCAAAGCAUGUAAAGCAUUGUUCCCGAGAGCUAAAUUACAAGGUUGCCUAUUUCACCUAGUGCAAGCGAUAUCUGCAUACUGGGCAGAUAUCUUGAAACUUGUAAAGCUUCAAGCUCCCCGUGAAGCAAAAUUUCUCAGUCGAUCUCUCGGAUUACUUCCGCCUGAACUUUUGACGGUUGGGAUAGAUGUUCUUGAAGAAGUAACGCAGUCGCAUACAACAAACUUUCCAGAGCUUCUGCGUUUUAUCGCAUAUCUAAGGAGACAAUGGUUGUGGGAUACUGAGUGGACCUCUGUGUACGGGAGUGCUAUUAUAGGACAAAUAAUGAUUCUGAAGCAUAUAACCGCCAUUAUACGCCUCGAGUCGGUGGCCCUCGUGUCACCGUUUUUAUACCCAUUCAUACGUAACUUACAAGAAGUCAUCGAAAAUGAAUCAAUCAAGUUGCAGAGAUUGAACAAUAAUCUACCCAUUUCCAAAAUAAAGAAGGAGAAGGAAUUGUACAAUCGAGACAUGUGUAUCAUGAAAGUGCAGGAGAAACUCCUUGCUCAGGUGAAAACUGGAUCGGUUGUCCUCAGUAACAUCACAAAGAAGGCUGUUUAUGAUUUUUUAAGAGAAUGUCUACCUCCAAAAAUUCAAGCAAAAAUCGAUGAAGAGCACGGGAAAUGCUUCCCACGCAAGCGUUCUGAACUACAGAAUUCAGAUUUCCUGGAGCUGGCCGAUGAAAAUGAGGAGUAUGGAGUCAAGAAAAAACGUAAAGCGAGAAGACAACAUUCUGCAAUAUCUAGCUCUGAGCAAAAACGCCAGGAAAAGAAAAUACUCUCGAUGCCACAGGACGCGAAUGGGACUGUUGAAAGUGAGAUCAAUCAUGAUUGGGAUGUCUUCGAAUAUCUGUUGCUGGAGGGUCAUGGGUAAAAUUGCCCUUACUUAUAACAUUUUCAACAUCGAUAACCGC